AUGACGCAUGUCAAGGAAACAGUUAAUCUGGAUAAAUUAGACAAGAAAUCUGCCGAGUUUGGUGUUCGAGAUCAAAUCAACAGAAAGUUUUCCAAACAGUUAUUCAAAUUUGAUGCAAAAAAACUGGAACUAUUGGAAAAUGGAGAAGAAUUACCAACUCAUAUGGAUCAAGAAAUUCCACAGGAAUUAGUGGAUAUGGAAGAAAAGGAACCAAAAAGGAUGUUUAAUUCUUUUUUGGAGCUGAAAGGUUUUGACAUGGUUGAGGACACUCCAGUUGAAAUCUUGCAUGUUUUUUUGCUUGGUGCAGUAAAGUAUCUAUUCAGAGAUUUCAUGAAAGGAUUGAACGAACUUCAAAAAGACGACCUCUUGGCUUUAUGGAAUUCUUUCAACACAAAUUCUCUCAACAUUCCUUCUGUUAGACCCAAAAGCAUGGUACAAUAUGCAUCAAGUUUGAUUGGUAAAGACUUCCUAAUCAUUCUUCAAGCAGCCCCUUUCAUCUUCUUCCAGUUCAUGACUGAAUCCAAGAUCAAAAUCUGGUCUUCUCUCUGUCAUUUGGGCUCCUUGAUCUUCCAAACUCAUAUUGAAGAUAUGACAGAAUAUAUUUCUGAGUUGAGGAAUGCUAUUGAUAUAUUCUUAAGAAAUAUAAUUGAAGACUCUGCCCAAUGGAUCAAUAAAGCCAAAUUCCAUAUGUUACUUCAUCUUCCUGAAUCUAUCCUCCGUUUUGGUCCAGCUUGUCUUUUUGCCACUGAAAAGUUUGAAAGCUAUAAUGGUAUCCUUAGAAAUGCUUCAAUUCACUCCAACCGUCAAAGUCCUGGUCAAGAUAUAGCUAUCACAUUCAUCACAAAUAUCUUUUCACAGAAUCCCUUAAUACAGCAGACUUUGGGCUAUAAUCAAUCAGCAUCCCUUCCAAAUAAAAGUUAUCCUUGUAUCAAGAAGCUCUCGGUACCAGCAAUUCAUCAAGUAGAAACUCCUCAAGAAUUGAAGAGUCUAUAUCCUGACUUUGAAAUCAAGCAAAUCUCUGAACUGAACCUCAACAAGAAGCAAGUCCUCAAAAAAGACUACUUCAUUCUGGUAUUUCCUGAAGCCUUGUCAUCCUCUGUUUCCUUGGCUAAAUUCCAUCAUUUCUGA